AUUACGAGCUUCUACUUCCGCCCCCUGCUUUUGUCAAAUUUCCAGUAAUGAUUUUGCAUGUUUGUGAGGUCAUCUCCUUGUACCAUUUUCUUUAAUACUAUAAUUGUGUAACAAGAAAACAACUUUGAAUAGUUUAUUGAAAUAACUUUGGGUAAACACAUCUGUUCAUGGAUCCCGAGGGAUUAAAGCAGCCGCAGUAGGAGGUAUCAAAUUUCUCGAGCCACCCACAGCCCAACAAUAUCAAUACGAAUAAUAACAGUACCAUCAGCAGCAACAUGGAGACUACAGAGAUCAAGAUUAGAAUUGCAGAAAAAGAUGAAGCUAAGAAGCAACAACUGGCUCCUAAAAGAAAAUCGAAUAAAGAUAGGCACACUAAAGUUGAAGGCAGAGGAAGGAGGAUUCGCAUGCCUGCCCUCUGUGCUGCUAGGAUUUUCCAACUCACACGCGAAUUGGGUCAUAAAUCUGAUGGAGAGACGAUCCAGUGGCUGUUGCAGCAAGCAGAGCCUUCCAUAAUUGCUGCAACAGGCAAUGGAACAAUUCCGGCUUCGGCUUUAGCCGCGGCUGCACCCUCUGUUUCGCAUCAGGGGAUCUCUGUUUCCGCUGGUGGAAGUAUUAGUAGCAGUAGGACCAGUUGGCCUAUGGUUGGUGGGAAUUUUGGGAGACCCACAACAGAGAUAUGGCCCCCAUCUUCUCCUGACGUCAGUAAUUUUGGCCACAAUUUGGGCACUGAAAGUUCAAAUUGUCUGCAAAAGAUUAGCUUCCCUGGGUUUGACCUGCCCUCCACCAAUUUGAAUACUAUGAGUUUUACAUCUAUGUUGGGUGCCACUAACCUACCUGGGUUGGAGCUCGGAUUAUCACAAGACACUCCUAUUGGGGUUAUGAAUUCUCAGUCUUUCUAUCAGAUUUACCAGCAGAUGGGGCAUUCAAGAAUGCACCACCAUUCACAACCUUCUCCCAAGAAUGAUAAUUCUCAAGGAUCAGGACAGUAGAGCUUUCAUAUAAUUCCGAUUUGGGGUACAUAAAGUGGAAUUGGUGUUUUCUAAGCUAGGGUUUAUUUUUAGGAGCAUUUUCUUAAUUAGUUUAAAAGAUCUUUUUAUCAUUCAUUUUGCCCUUUAGAUCCUAGCGGAGUGCUUAUGUAUGUUGUUUGUUGAUAUAAACAUAGAAAUCAUAUAUCCAGAAGGAAUUUUCUCUCUUGUGUAACUGAUAGAAUGGGAUUUCCGACACUGAAUUGUGAACACCUAAGCAGAGCAAAAUAUUCAGUUCUUUCUUUAAGAUGGAUGCUUAGGUGGAGAUACAACGAUGCCUUCCUAAUUUUUGUUAGGCUAAUUCAAUAUGAACCUAGAAGCCACCUAGGUAGCUGGUUGCCCGGAUGAAUUCAGACCCUCAAUAUAUGGAUAUCUCCACCGAUGAGCUACUAGAAAGUCGAUGUGUGUUUCUACGUAGAUAUUUGUAUACCUAUAAGAAACUAUGAGGGGAAGUCAUGGCAUCACUUGCAGGAAAAAUCAUCAACUGAAGAGGUCUGGGACCUCCCAAGGCUUCAGACUCUCAAUCUAACUCUUUACCGUUGCUAGCUAAACUAGCUUUCUAUAGAAGAUCCAAUCUUCAAUAAGAAGUUCCAUCUUCCAAACAGUUCAAUGUUCUUGAAAAGUUGCUGCAGAAGUGGCACUUCUUCCUUCAGUGAAAAAGGAGCAGUAUAUAAAAGAGAACAAUUUCAUUGUCUUGAAAGGGGCAGGGAUUACAUAAAAGUACUAAGGAAUGGUACAGCUUUAAGUUGCUAUCCCCAAUUAGCAGUUUAUCUUCUCCAGAUGAAAGCACUUGGAGGUUAAGGCACAAACUUUUGUUAUUCCAACAAUGAUAAUUGAGUAGAGGAAGGUAUAUAAAUCAAGCGUAGAAUGGAUCGAGGCAGUAUGUUGCGACGAUAUUUUUAUUGUCUUUUCACAAAUAUGAAGAGGCUUUUUACCAUCCUAAUGGUGAAAUAGAUCUACGUCCUGAAACAGAAGCAGGUGUUAAUAUAGAAAAAGAUUUAUAUUUGUUCAUCUUUAAAUCACCUAAUUGUCCCCCGUUAUAAAUUCAGUACAGUGAUAAAUUUGGUAAGGCGUUGAUGUAUUUAGGGUAAGGGAUGGUAUGUUUGUAUAUUUGUAACACAUUGAAGAAUCAAAGAGAAGAGUUAUCA